AUGGAGACCUUCAGUGACUUAUCGAGAUGGCGUGAAACACAGCUUGUACAGAAGAAUCUCAACUUUGGACCCGCAAUUGCUUACUAUGACUUGGCUCGUACAAUAGAGCCAAGAGUUGGGAUGAGUUACAACCAAUUAGCAGUCAUCGAUCAAGUGACUUGCGACAACUUCAGUGCUAUCUAUAACAUAUGUUGGGCUCUGGCUGUGACAAGGCCUCAUGAUGGAGCUCGACAGAAUCUUGACACACAGCUAAAGCAGAUGUUGAAGAGAGAGAAACCAGAAGAUAGAAAUGAGGGCCGGCCUGAGACGGACAAAGACGCCGCCAUGAGACAAUUUACGGAGCUUUAUUUACACUUCCUUGCAACCUGUUAUUCGCACCCCCAAUCCGUCAUCAAAGAUGGCACGCAGCAGCAGAUCCUAGAAUCCUUCUCCGCUCACAUAGACAAAAGGUCGUCGGAAUCUACUGUAUGUAAGAUUGUGCUCUUGAACAUCGCAUUCGAGCACAUCAUUGUGAGGUAUCCAAAAGGCAGCAAGAUCACUUCCGAGUCUCUCGACAUCAUGUUGUGCUUGAAUGCUAGGAUGUUCAGCGUGUUAUUGCGCGGCUUUCAGACCGAAUUACUUUCACAAUCAAAGCACCCCAAAGACCCAGAUCGCGACAAUCCAAAAGAUCGUGACGUAACGUUGACGGCGAAAUCACGUCGUCUUAUACCUUGGAUGCGCCAGUACAGUGCUUGGCUAGCAUGUCAAACUGAUAUCAUAGAAGCCAAAACAGCGAGCUCUUCAUUGAAAUCUCAUAUCAGCAUAUUAAUUUCGGCAUAUGUCGAUACCCUAAAUCUCAUCCUCGAUCAUUUCCCUGUUAAAAUCCUACCAUCUCUUGAAUACCUGCUUGAUGAGGACGAAAGCGCUAUGUACCUUGAACCUUUCGCGGGGACGAUUUGUCAGCGCUUACAACAAAGGUACUUGCUGGAUGGUGGAGUGGUAAAGUCAAAAUCGUACGAACAGGGUGUUAAACGGCAGUCGCUGUAUCAAGAAAUGCUCUCAAGAAUUGGGGAUAUUCUGGGAGACGCACUUUACCUGAGAUCGAAUAGGAGCGCACGAUUCCAAUAUGAGGGACGUCGAUUCGUACUUAAAGAGGAUAGAGCCCCUGAGAUUCGCCCACAGUCAAUCGAUACCGCAAACGACAUUACCCACGUCAGCGAGACGGAACUGCUAGAACGGUCUGAAUUCACUGAGAGACCCUCUACAAAGGAGAGAGAAACAAAAUAUCCGGCACCGAAAAUCGUCUCAAAACGAGAAACACAUGCAACGCAAGAAGAGACAAACUACGGUCCCUUUCCCGCUAGCGAAAUUCGAGCGAAGACGGAGAAGUUGUCCCAAGAUGAAAAGAAAGCAAAAUCUAAAGCAACAUUGAAGGCACUUUCUCAAGUCUCUGUUCAUUCCGUUGCCUCGACGACUACCGAGAUGCCAGAUCCUACAGCUCCAGUACCUAUCGAUGACGAAGUAGGGCAAAUGAAACCGCCACGGCUUCUAUCUCGCAUAGCAGCUCUGCAAGGCAAUUCUGAUGGUGCUAUCAUUACCAGCUCAAGCAUUUUCAGUAGCUUAUGA